CUCUCCCCAGCGAACCCGCGAGGAUAUCUCAGCCCGCAGAUACUAUGGCGACCAACGAACCCGAGCACGAGACCAGAGACGCGGAAGAGGCCGGAGCUAACGAGCUUGAGGAGGUUGUCGUCACUACCGGUGAGGAAGACGAAGACGCCGUCCUCGAUCUGAAAUCGAAGCUGUAUCGGUUCGACAAGGAAGCGAAUCAGUGGAAGGAGAGAGGUGCUGGUACUGUUAAGCUUUUGAAGCAUAAGGAUACUGGCAAGAUUCGUCUCGUUAUGAGGCAAUCGAAAACUCUGAAGAUCUGUGCUAAUCACUUUGUUAAACCAGGCAUGGCGGUUCAGGAACACGUUGGAAAUGAAAAGUCUUGUGUAUGGCACGCUCUUGACUUUGCUGAUGGGGAACUCAAGGAUGAACUUUUCUGCAUCAGAUUUGCUUCUAUUGAGAACUGCAGAUUAUUUAUGCAAAAGUUCAAUGAAGUUGCUGAAUCUGAAGCAGAGAAAGAGGAGAGAAAAGAUGCCUCUGAAACAGCUGGUCUUCUUGAGAAGUUGACCGUAGAAGAGACAAAAACAGAGGAGAAGGUGAAGACUGAGGUGGAAGCUGAGGAAAAGAAAAAAAGCGAGCCAGAGAAGGCUGAUGAAGAAAAGAAAACCGAAGAGGCUGCUCCCUCAACUUAAGAUGCAUCAAAGCUUACACUGCCAAAUCCUGGCAAGGUAAUGUAAGCCUGAAGUGUUUUGAUGCAUCCAUCUCGAGUCUUCCAUUGUCUUGGCAGUAUCUAUCUAUCUAUCUGCGCAUGUUUUGUCGAGUCCAUAUCAAGCGGUCGGGGGAUCGCUUGGGGUUGGGUUUUGCUGAGUCGUUAUGGGUCUAUUGUUUUGAGUUGAAAGCGUCGGUGGAGUGAUAUGAGAGAUGAGAGAUGAGAGAUUUUUUUUUAAAGUUGGUUGUCUGAAAGAUUACAUUGGAUUCAUUGUCUUAAGUUUCUUGUUAUUCGUUUCUGGAUGGUCUUA